UCACUUGUAUUGAUCAGUUGCUCAGAAAGGAGGAAAUGACACCUGGACCUGUCUUCUUCUACAUCUUGAUUUUUGGAAAAUAUGAGCUUUCCAUGGACCACCAACUGUGUUGCUCAAGGGAGUGGACAGGAUGUCAGGUGCUCCCUCGGCUACUUCCCCUGUGGGAAUAUCACCAAGUGUUUGCCCCAGCUUCUUCACUGCAACGGUGUGGACGACUGUGGGAAUCGGGCCGAUGAGGACAACUGUGGGGACAACAAUGGAUGGUCAGUGGAAUUUGACCGAUACUUUACCACUUACUACAAAAUCACUUCUCAGUAUCCCUUUGAGACACAAACAUCUGAAUGCUUGCUCGGGUCUGUGCCAGUGCAAUGUCUUUGCCAAGGUUUAGAAAUUGCCUGUGAUAAGACCAAGUUACGAGCUAUUCCAUCAGUUUCUUCAAAUGUGACUAUAAUGUCACUUCAGUGGAACUUAAUAAGAAAACUUCCUCCUGAUGGCUUCAGGAAAUACCACGAACUUCAGAAGCUGUGUCUGCAAAACAAUAAGAUUAGAUCCAUAUCUGUCUAUGCUUUCAGAGGACUGCACAGCCUUACUAAACUAUACCUCAGUUAUAACAGAAUUACCUUCCUGAAGCCUGGUGUUUUUGAAGAUCUACACAGACUGGAAUGGCUGAUUAUUGAAGAUAACCACCUCAGUCGAAUUUCCCCACUAACAUUUUAUGGACUAAAUUCUCUUAUUCUCUUAGUGCUGAUGAACAAUGCCCUCACCCGUUUGCCUGAUAAACCUCUUUGUCAACACAUGCCAAAGCUACAUUGGCUGGACUUUGAAGGAAACCAUAUCCAUAAUCUAAAAAAUUUGACCUUUAUUUCAUGCAACAAUUUGACUGUCCUGGUUAUCAGAAAAAACAAAAUCAAUCACCUACAUGAAAAUGCUUUUGUUUCUCUCCAGAAACUAGAUGAAUUGGACUUGGGAAAUAAUAAGAUUGAAAAUCUUCCACCAUAUGUAUUUAAGAAUUUGAAGGAACUCUCGCAAUUGAACCUUUCAUAUAACCCAAUCCAGAACAUUCAAGCAAGCCAAUUUGAUCAUCUUGUCAAACUCAAGUCUCUCAGCCUAGAAGGAAUUGAAAUUCCAAAUAUCCAACAAAGGAUGUUUAAACCUCUUAUGAAUCUCUCUCAUAUAUAUUUUAAGAAAUUCCAGUACUGUGGGUAUGCACCACAUGUUCGAAGCUGUAAGCCAAAUACUGAUGGAAUCUCCUCUCUAGAGAAUCUCUUGGCAAGCAUUAUUCAGAGAGUAUUUGUCUGGGUUGUAUCUGCAAUAACGUGUUUUGGAAACAUUUUUGUCAUUUGUAUGCGACCUUAUAUCAGAUCUGAGAACAAGCUGCAUGCAAUGUCAAUCAUUUCUCUCUGCUGUGCCGAUUGCCUAAUGGGAAUAUAUUUAUUUGUGAUCGGUGCUUUUGACCUGAAGUUUCGUGGAGAAUACAAUAAGCAUGCACAGAUCUGGAUGGAGAGCAUCCAUUGUCAGCUUGUGGGAUCUUUGGCCAUUCUCUCCACCGAAGUAUCAGUGCUACUUUUAACAUUUCUGACACUGGAAAAAUACAUCUGCAUUGUCUAUCCUUUCAGAUAUUUAAGACCUGGGAAAUGCAGAACAAUUACAGUUCUGGUUCUUAUUUGGAUUACUGGCUUUAUAGUGGCUUUUAUUCCGUUCAGCAGUAAGGAAUUUUUCAAAAACUACUAUGGCACCAAUGGAGUAUGUUUCCCUCUUCAUUCAGAAGAUGCAGAAAGCAUUGGGGCCCAGAUUUAUUCAGUAGCCAUUUUUCUUGGUAUUAACUUGGCAGCAUUUAUCAUCAUAGUUUUUUCCUACGGAAGCAUGUUUUACAGCAUUCAUCAAAGUGCUAUAACAGCAACUGAAAUACGGAAUCAAGUUAAAAAAGAGAUGAUCCUUGCCAAACGAUUUUUCUUUAUUGUAUUAACUGACGCAUUAUGCUGGAUACCCAUUUUCGUACUGAAGUUUCUUUCAUUGCUUCAGGUAGAAAUACCAGGUACCAUCAACUCUUGGGUAGUGAUUUUUAUUCUGCCUAUCAACAGUGCUCUGAACCCAAUUCUCUAUACUCUGACUACAAGACCAUUCAAAGAAAUGAUCCAUCAGUUUUGGUAUAACUUCAGGCAACGAAGAUCUGUUGACAGCAAAGGAAGUCAGAAAACGUAUGCUCCGUCAUAUUUCUGGGUGGAAAUGUGGCCACUGCAGGAGAUGCCACCUGAGUUGAUGAAGCCGGCUCUUUUCACAGACCCCAGUGAAUUGUCCCUGAUUUCUCAGUCAACUAGACUCAAUUCCUAUUCAUAACUGCCUCUGGGAACCAUUUCUUCCUAGAGAAUACUGUGUUAUGCUUGCUAAUGGUGUUACUGUUAUAAAAUGAAUACCACAAGAUGAAUAAUUUAUAAAAAUGACUAAAAUAAAGUAGCUUAUAACAUGAAAUUAUUUAGGAGGAAUAAAAGUGGCUGAUGCCCAUAUCGUGAGAAAUAAAUUAUAAUGAUGUGUAUAUGCAAGUACAUAUUUUGCUUAGAAAACUUAGAAAAAUGUCCUUAAAUCUCACUAUACUUUUACUAGGUCUAUUUUGUG